UGGAAUCACGGCUGCUGCGCGGACGACGCAACUCGGAAAACAAUAACAAAAAGAAAGAAGGAAAGAAAUACGGAAUAAGGGGACAAGGACAAAAAGUGUUCGCGCGCUGUUCCCGGGGGCUCGAGACGAGGUGACGCGGGUCGUGAUGGAGAGCCUGGUGCACUACAGCAGCCCCGCCCACGCUGUCUCGUUACUCGGCGUGCUAAACGAGCAGCGUCUAAAGGGCCAGUACUGUGACGUGAUGUUGAUGGCGGGUGAACAACGCUACCCGGCCCACAGGAGCGUCCUCGCCGCCAGCAGCGAGUACUUCCACACUCUGUUCUCCGGGAGAGACUCGGAGAGCCUAGACGUGAUUCAGCUGGACUUCUGCGAGCCCGAGGCUUUCGAGAUCGUGCUGAACUACAUCUACUCCUCGUCCCUGUUCGUGGACAGAGGAAGCCUUGCGGUGAUACAGGAGCUGGGGUACAGUUUAGGAAUCCCGUUCCUGACUAACAUAAUGUCCACCAGGCCUCAGGUGUCUUACUGCGUGACUCGAAAGAGGCUGUUCUUUCCCCAAGAGGACGACGGGUCGUUCACAAAGAGGAGCGUUAUAGUACAACAAGGUGGCAUGGGCGUGGCCCACAGAGAGAAUGCGAUUCCCCACGGAAAAGUGUCCAGGCAUGCACCAGAAGAGACUCGGUCCGGAUCGGGUCCGGAUUAUCGUCCGUCGAGACAUGUUAAGACGACGGAAACGGGGAUGAAUCUUAGCAAAAACGCUCCCAAAGAACCAGAGGACGAAUCGAAACCUGUCGUUCCGUCUUUGCCGUCCAUCCUCAAGGGCCGUGCGGAGUACAGAUCGCCCUCGGCGAGGCCGCAGUUGACCUCUUCGGUGUCUUUCAGCGAAACCAUACAGCACUUAAACUCUGAUCCUGCCGAUGACCCGGCGGGGGAGGUGAAGACCGAACAGACGUACGAUCCGAAAUCGGUCUCCGGAACACAGCAGGGAGCGCAUAACCAAACCGUAGACCGGAGCGGGCCGCUUAUUAAAAGCCUGCUUCGUAGAUCCUUAUCCAUGGACAGUCCGGUUCCUGUUUUCUCUCCGGUUUUGGAGCUGAAGGACCCGCAGAGCAGGGAGCAGCCCGUUGUAAAAUCGGAGACAAAAACGGCAGAGUCGCCGUCUUCCGGGAGCAAACAUCACCUGCCGCCGCUCGUUCUCAGGUCCAAACAGCAUAACCUGAUGGCCAGGGAAGACAAGGAGGCUCAGGGAGAGGACAGGGUGACGGUCAAAACGGAGGCCAGCAGCCCGCUGGCCGAUCCUUCUGAAAUCAUACGGGUCACAGUAGAGGACAAUCUGCCUGUCAACUUUAGAGAUUUCCAGGCUAACUUCGACGAAAGUCCUAGAGGGUACUUCAGUCCAUCUGUGAAAAGGAGGUUACCGUUGGACAGUAAUUCGAACACGUUUAAACGAUCCAAAGUCACGAACGAACACCAGUUCACGGAUGAAGACGGCGUGGUCGACGAGUCCACUCGCGGCAUGGACGAUCAGGAACCCGGGGAACCGAGGCCGACGAAGAUGUUUAAAUGCUGGAGCUGCAUGAAGGUGUUCAGGUCAAACGCAGGGCUUUACCGUCACGUGAACAUGUACCAUAACCCGGAGAAGCCGUACGCGUGCGACAUCUGCCACAAGCGCUUUCAUACCAACUUCAAAGUGUGGACGCACUGCCAGACCCAACACGGCGUGGUCCAAAACCCGGCGGCUUCUUCCAGCUCCUACUCUGUGCUGGAUGAGAAGUUCCAGAGGAAACUCAUAGACAUAGUGCGAGAGCGGGAGAUAAAGAAAGCCUUGAUCAUGAAGCUCAGGAGAAACAAGCAGGGCCAUCAGGCUCAGCCGUUUGCCAAGAAAAGCCGGAGGUCGAGGUCUUACGGAUGUCCCUAUUGCGGGAAAAUGUUCUUCUUCCAGUCGCAUUUCAAGCUGCACAUGAAGGGACACACCGCUGAGAGAGCUAGCAUGGACGCACAAGACGAGGAAGGUCUACGUGAGCGGCAGGAGCAAACGGGACACGUCAAGGAGAACCAGGACAAAGAGGUUUUCCCGUGCAGGCUCUGCAACGUCAAACUGUUCUCCCUGAGCGAGCUGGAGGAUCACGAGAGAGCGUGUCGCUACGCAACCGUCUGUCCUUACUGUGGCCUCAGGUUCUCCAACACGCUGGUGAAAAAGGAUCACGAGGCUCACUGCAAGUACAAAAAGCUGACCUGCCUCGAGUGCAUGCGCACAUUUAAGUCCUCCUUCAGCAUUUGGCGCCAUCAGGUCGAAGUUCACAACCAGAACAUGAUGACCGUCAGGGAGCAGCUGACCCUCGGGUACCACGAGGUUAACCAAGAGGCGGCGGAACUUGCCGGGGCACCGCUGCCUCCUAAAGAGGCGCCGAGAGACGACGCGACGUACGGCGACUCCGAGGACUCGUCUUCUUACCUCCCGGAGGAUCUGAGCUCGUCUCAUAAUCAGGGCAAGCUCAUCGUAAAAGAGGAGCCGCAGGAGGAACCGGUGACGGACAGAGAAGCCUCAGCUCCCGAGGAACCUGGCGUGCGGCCUUGUGAGAAAUGCGGCAAACUCUUCGGCUCUCACAAAGCCCUCGAGCGCCACCAGGAGCUUCUCUGCCACAUCAAGCCCUUCAUCUGCCACAUCUGCCACAAAGCGUUCCGGACCAACUUCCGCCUCUGGAGCCACUACCAGUCCCACAUGUCCUCGUCUGAAGAGCCCUCGAGCAGACAGACGGACAGACCGCCGUGCUCUCCACCGCCGUCUCCGACUCUUACCGUCUCCACCCAAGAGCCUCCGCCCUCACAAGCGUCUUCACCAAAAUCAGGUCAAACCGGAGGUCCCGUCUCGGAGGAGGAGCCUCAGACCCUGACGUCUUCUCUGUCCAAAUCCGAAACCCGAGAGGAGCAGGAAAAGUCAGGCGGAGAUUUCUCUCGUUCCAGGUCGGACAGCACCGAAAACCCAGCAACUUCUCAGGAAUCAGACACGCUCUUUUAUCACGCGCCGACGCUGUCUGCUCUGACGUUUAAGAGGCAGUACAUGUGCAAACUCUGCCACAGGACCUUCAAGACUGCCUUCAGUCUGUGGAGUCACGAGCAGAGCCACAGUCACAUCUGAACACGUCAUUCGUUUACACCGAGAUCCGGAUCCCAUCUCUCGUUAGAGGAGUCUCCGUCAACCCAGACGCAGCCGAGCAGCCGCGAUGCGUGCGGUUAAGUUAAAUAACACCCAUGCUUGAAAAAUGAAUUGGAGGCGGGGCUUGGGCGAUGUAUUCAAGAUGGCGGCCCGCAUAAAUAACGUUCAAGUGUUCAGCUGCACAGUUUAGCUUUUAUCUUAGGGUCUAAAGAAACACACUUCACACACAGAUCACGUCUCGAUUGCGUUUGGGUUGACCGAGACGGUGACAUUUCCCCACACACACACACACACACACACGCUCGUACACGUAUACAUACUCCUACACUCAUUUUGAGUUUUUUUCUAUACUUCAUGGUGCAUCAGUGAACAAUGUGUACAAAUGCAGAUGUUUAUUUCUCAUUUCUGAUUAUAAUCUCCUCCUCAUCCAAACUGAUGAUAAUCUGCUUAUAAAACCCUGCAAUAACUCUGUAAAAGUGCUUUACGUAGGAGUCACGCUCGUUACUCGUCUCCGUGGCCUUUUCUUCCUCCUUCGUGUUUAUGGAAGAUGAUCAGAAAGGCACGUCAAAAAACCCAAACCCAAAGGACUGUAGUGUUCAGGGCAUGAUGUUGUUUAUUUCCUCCCCAUUCUCUAAUUAUGUGUGUAUAUUUUUAUAUAUACAGUACUGUGCAAAAGUCUUAGGCAACCUAAUUUUUUUUUUUUGAGUGAAAUGUUAGAGAAAAUGUCAGUAUGUCAGUAAAGAAAGCAGCGUAUUACGUGAUAAGAGACACUUUUCAGAUUUAAAAAAAACACACACACACACAUUGAAGGCUGCUGGGUUUCGCUGCACAAAUAAGAAGCGAGUCAACGUCUCCAGAAGAACCGUGUCUGGUUCUGCAAGACGCUCAAUUAAACUUUCAGCUCGUUUGCUUAUAAAACUGCACUCGUUCUACCAGAGACUCCUUGUUUGUUUGUUUGUUUGUUUUUUAAAGCAAAGGCUCGUCACACCAAAUUAUUACCAUGUAGUUGUUUGUUUUUUUUAAUGGAGAAACAUUUCAAUUCAUUAUUUUCGAAGGCAUCUUUGCUCUACAGCAUUUCCUUGCAUGUGCCUUUUGCAUAGUACUGUAUAUUUAUUAUUUCGUAUUACAUUGAUACAGCCUUUAACCCACGACCCGUCUGAGUGAUGGAGCUUUACGCCAUGGGUUUGCUUGAAAAAAGUCCAAAAACGGGAUUUUGGGUUGCCUUACUGCAUCAUAUUCAGAAAAUAACAAGAGCCAUUUCACGCCGGUGUUUAAUUUCUGUUUGGUGAAGAGUAUUAUUAUUAUUAUUAUUAUUAUUAUUAUUAUUAUUAUUAUUACUAUUACUAUUAUUCAGUCUGUACAGGAUUUUGUGGAGUUUUUUGUGAUUGUUUUGGCCAAAAAUGCUUGAUAUAUACUGCGCUAAUUUAGUUAUUUUUCCCUCAAAAUUUGCGAUGCAAUUUGCAGAUUUUUUUUUUUUGUUUUUUAAAAAAAAAUUUUUUUAACAGAAAACGACUCGAAUCAGCGAAAUCGCAGUCGCACUAAAUAGUCCUGCACGCUCUUUCGCAGUGAUUUUUGUCGGUAAACGAGACCUUAUAGCUAGGGAUGCACCGAAAUAAAAAUUCUUAUACCGAAUAUAAUGAAAAACUCGUCCAAAGGCCGAAUAACGAACACGUUUUUUUUCACGUUUUUUUCCAUUUAUUUUGCCAUUUUUUUCACCGUUUUUUUUCACCACUGCAUAAAUUAAAUAGUCAAAAUGUGCUUUUUACUAUUUUGUCUUGCUUUUCAAAGAAAAAAAUCAUUUACAAAAACUACAAUUUCAAAAUAUUUAUUUAACACUGAACAUUUUUUUUUCAUUCCAGCAGGCAUCGGCUACCAACAAGGCACAAUAUAACUUUAAAUAAAUAAAUGAGUAAAAUAAAAAUAUUUUGAUGCGGUCAUCUUUGAGCCCCUUAAUAGCUGACGUUAGGCCUAUAACUGACUGCCGAAAGAAUGGAACGCUCUGUAGCCUACAACUAAAAAGUGCAUUGACGAGUGCAGAAAAUGGUUCCAUUGGGUUCUAUACGGCUGGUUAUAUUGGGGAUAUAUACCUCUCGCGUCCCUGUACACCUCGCCGAGUAUUAGAGGAGAUAUAGUACAGUUAGAUACGUUGUUAAUGUUAUGUCCCUUGAUAGAUUUGGUUAGUUUAAACUAUAGAUUAGUUCAUUUAGUCCCCGCUGGUGUUUCCGCUCCCAGUCCAUAGUACUAGCUCACGUUUCUUGUUUUGUGUUGUGACCCUGUUUUCUGAUUCCUGCUUUGCCCCGUUCAUGCCUGUUUGCCGGUCGCCCGACCCUUUGCCUGUCUUGACUACGUUUUUUGGAUUACGAUUCGGAUCUGUCUCCCUGCCCUUAAAUAAAUACGUCUUUACCUGCUUCCGUACUCUACUCCCUUACGUCUCACAACGUGACGGAAUACUCCGGAACAGAAACAAAACAAACGCACGUGUCCACAGUAAACAAGCGUGCAAGCGCGCGCCCCCUCGUCGAGGUGGUGACAUUCCCGCGUCUCACUCUGGUUGCUAGGCUAUUUGGUCGCAUCAUCAAACACGUCAUUGUUCGGUCAAAUGUAUUCGGCCUUUUCACUUAUUUGAAUAAUUUCGGUUGCCGAACUUUUGCUGCAUCCCUACUUAUAGCCGCACGUGAAUCGGAGAGCGCUUUGGCCGAACGUGCGUCAUGACGACGCGCGUGCCGCGUUUCGGCCCGAAUCUGCAUAAAAUUCGCAUUCUUUUUUUUUUUUAAUUGUUCAGAAUAUUGUGGCAUUGCCUUGAUUCCAUGUUAAUUUCUUCCAGCGCAAAAUCCUGGAGGGACUGAGUAAUAUUAUUAUUGUUGAUCAUUUUAACAGCGUGUUCUUCAGUCAGAUGAAAAUCAGUGUAUGAGAUUUUGUUCCUUUAACGGUGUUUAAGUGUUGAAGACUAAAAUGUGUUAUUCUGAAUUUACAGUACAUUUAUUCUAUUUUUUUUUUUUUUUUGAGUGUGUGCACAUUUACACACGAAAGUAAAAUGUGCUCGUUCUUUGUUUUUUUUGUUUUUUUUUACUUUAGAUUUUUUUAAUUUAUUGCUUAUUUUCACUAUUCUGAAGCAAAGACAGAUAUACUACACACACACACACACACACACACACACACACACGUACGCACGCAUGCGCAUAAAAUGCAGUAGGCAUGCGCCGAUAGUAAAUUUUCACGAUCAAUAACGAGCUAAUAUUUUACGUAAUUAUUCCAAAGUUGUGUUUAAAGUCCAGUACGUGUAUACAAGUGUUUUGGAGAUUCAGAAUCGUUUAUAUAUACCGUGCUCAUGUUUUUAUUCUCGCAAGUUACUCAUUAAUGUCUCAGCUUGGAUAUAAACACACUUUAUUUAAAUGGUGUAUGAUUAUAGAGCUAUAUGCAUAUAUACAUAUAUAUAUACGGUUAUGUUUUUAUAUUAAUAUAUAUAUAUAUAAUAUCUCGUGGACAUUUUUGUGCAGUGAGAUAAACUCUGGCAUUUGGAGAAAUAUUUUCUUAUAUUUACAUUAUUAUAAGUCUAAUUCCAAACAAACAAAGUAAACCACUUAUGGUGACGUGAAAAUGACAUCGGCACACGCCUGGCGAGCGGCGUUAACCGUUCGCUCGUCUUUUCCGGUUGCGUGGAUGAGUGUUUUGUUUCGUUUUCUUCUUUCGUUAACGCUUCAAUACAGCGUGAGAACGAUUCUAUUACGGUACUGUAUCAGUACUUCUUUACUUACAUAACACACGCUGGUUAAUCAGGUGAAUCAGGUGUCGACGCUAAGCUGAUCGUACGGGAUUUCUUGUGACGUCACAGAUAUUAGCUAAUCAAAGCACAAUUUCUAGAACGGUGAGAAAAUGUUCAUUUGUUUUUGUUGUUUUUUUUUAGCUAUAAACCUAUUUGUGCUGUUGGUUUGUGGAUGUUGGAGGAUAAACAGAGAUAUUAACAGAUAAUUAAGAGUUUUGUCAGAUUGAUGAGUCUUACAUGACUGUUGGAUAUUUGUGGAAACUUUAGUGCAGAAUUUAUUGAAUGUAAUGCGCUUUUUUAAAAUGUAAUUUAAUUUUUAUUACUCGGAUGCCUCAGUUUAAAUAGAUCACGCUUCUUUGUUUAGAUCCUCUAAUGAACUUAAAGCUGAUUUAAAUCUUC